CAUUUAAUCCCUAGUUUUUUUUUUUUGGGGAACGCCAUUUAAUCCCCAGUUUAAUCCUAAGAAGGUUUCCUCAUCUCUUCUUGUAAGCGGAUUCAGAGCUGCUUAAUACUGGUAAUUGCAGUGCUAAUUUCAUUGAGCCCUCCAAUAGCUGCAGAAAAUGCCGGUGAGAGUGGCCGAGUCUUCUAUGCCGUCCCAAGUAUCGGAUAAUGAAGCUACAAGCAAGAAAGCGGAAAACGAUGAUAAUGCAGGAAAUACUACACUUCCACCUUGUACCCUACUGAGUGUUGGGCAGGCUUUCUCUGGGACGCAGAAUGUCUCAAGUCUACAGAAGGAUGAAGCAUGGAGAGUAAAUGUUCGAAUUCUGGGUUGUGACCUUGAUCAUGGGUAUUUAUGUGGCACAAUGGAGGCCCUUAAUGUUCCUAUGGCAGACACACCAGUGAUUACUUUCUGGGAAGGCGAGAUUGUUGAUACCAAGAACUAUACUUUUUUCACUAACAAGUGGGGUGCGACUUCAGAUGAUGACAUAAAGCACUGGACCAAAUUCCCAUCUUUCUCUCCCCUUCAGAGCCAAGUGGAAACUGAUGGCGGGAAAUCUUUGGAUUUGAGUAACUAUCCAUACAUAUUUAUGAGAUGGAAAGAGCAGUACUUUGUGAAUGUUGGAACGGACUGUGGACUUACAAUUGCUGGUUUUUACUAUGUUUGUUUCUCCUGCAGUGAUGGGUCUGUUAGUGGCUUCUACUAUGAUCCUAACAGCAGUCCUUUCCAGAAGUUGGAAUUGAAGUCCAUUAACGAGGGCAGAUCAGGAUUCAGUUUUUCCUCGUACGAGUUGCAAUAACUUCAACACCUGUUUUUUCUGAAAGAUAUGAAGGUUUUUGCUUCAUUAUUUUGCUGGAGAUAUAUGGUUGCCAUGGUGCUUUUCUGAGCAGUCCCUCAAAUUCUAGGGUGGAGAUAUCGGGACUCAUGCUUCUUGUAAGUUGUAUAGUUAGGUCAGUUGAGGAGAUGUAUUUAUCUGUUUGACUGUGGAUCCCUAAGGUCUACUGGUUCACAAAAUAAUCACUAGUUAGUAGAGUAAAUUUGUUAACACGCUCUUGUCAUUGGUCUGUCUGUGAUUAAUUUCUGAGUAGGCUUGCAACCAUGCAGGGUUAAAUGACAACAAGGUUUUCUACCUGAUACUUUUCAUUUCGUGUUUGUUGAAAUAUUUAUUCUACACCUGAUUCUUCCUUUUGCAAUGUA